AACCCCAAUAAUGUAGACUACAACAAUGACAUUGCCUUGAUCAAACUGCAAGACCCAGUCACAUUCAAUGCAUCCAUUAUGCCAAUAUGUUUGCCACCAGAGGGGGCCGCAUAUGAAACUGGAAUAAUGGGGCUGGUGUCAGGCUUUGGCAUUACAAAACUUGGUGAACAACGUUUUGCAUUAACUAAUAAGCUGAAAUAUGUGCUCGUCCCUCUGGUGGCAGAGGAGGAAUGUGCUAAGUCAGCCGUUUCAUGGAAGCAGGAAAGCGCAAACAUACCAGACCUGACAAAUAACAUGUUUUGUGCUGGAAUGCGUGAAGGUACGAAGGACUCCUGCCAGGGUGACAGUAGAGGCCCCUAUGCUCUGUAUGAUCACCAACGGUACUGGGCUGCAGGGAUUGUCAGCUGGGGGGUUGGUUGUGGAAAGAAGGGAGCAUAUGGAGUCUAUACCAGAGUCGCUAACUACCUAGACUGGAUCAACAAGACCAUGCAGGAGAACUAA